UGUACCUCAGUUGGUUGUAAGUGAAUAACAGCUAAAGCUAAAACAAAUGCUGUGCUUUUUAAAUGGCGAUUAUGAGCAAUUUCAUGUUCACAUUGUGACUCUAUAGGCAGCUCCAUAAAGGUUGUGAACCAACCACAGAUCAGCUGUGUGUUGAUGAGCUGUCAGAGUCUAAAGGUCUUUAUCUUCUUGAUGCACUUUUGUUUACUCUGAGUCGGAAGCUGCGAGUGACAGUGGAAAGUGCAGAAAUGGGCACCGCUGGGUUUCACUGGCGACCACAGCUUUAAAUACAGUUCGUAUCACAUUUGUUGUAAAUUCAUGACGUGUGUUUGCAUUCUGGACUGGGACAGGACACCCCUGUUCCUCUGACGUCAAGGUCCCGCUCUGCUCUGCCAUGCCUGUCCUCACAAGCCCGGACGGUGCCAGCAAGCAUGAGAAGAAGUGGCUCCUUCGUGACCCGGGCGAGGGUGGCACCUCCGAGAACCCGGACGACAGCCUGACCUGCCUUCAGUGGCUGCAGAACUUCUCGGUCCUGAGCGCAGCCAUGGAGAGGCCGGCACACGGCCGUUCCCUCCGCCAGGGCACGGAGUCCCCCGCCAGCCCACCCGCUGGGGACACGGCAGCCUCCGGCACGUCCCUCCAGCAGGGUGACCCCGUUGCCUCCGGCGCCUCGGCCCUACAGCCGGAGCCGCUCGCAGACUAUAGGACGAACCGGUGGGUGAAACCUCCGUACUCGUACGCCACGCUCAUUUGCAUGGCCAUGCAGGCCAGCAAGAAGAGCAAAGUGACGCUGUCAGCCAUCUACAGCUGGAUCACCGACAACUUCUGCUACUACAGACACGCCGAGCCCAGCUGGCAGAAUUCCAUUCGCCACAACCUGUCCCUCAACAAGUGCUUUGUGAAAGUGCCCAGGGGGAAGGAUGAGCCAGGAAAGGGAGGCUUUUGGAAGAUCGACCCCCAGUGCUCCCACAUGUUCGUCGACGGUGUCUUCAAGUGCCGCCGGAUGUUGUCGGGCCACCGCAAUGCCUGGCGACGGAGGAGCCCUCGACCCCUUCUCCAGGAUGCCAACCAAUUUGCUGGGCAACAGUACAGCCGAUGCCACACAUCAGGCGGGGGGAACUGUCAGACAGUCCGCCGUAGGUCCAGCACAGUAGCUGGGGUACGAACCAGAGGCAAAUGCACCGCACAGUACACGCAGCAUUCUGAUUCGCUGCUGCUAUUGCCCGAAUCAAGGCGGUCAGAGCUGCUGAAGGGAAUCUUGGAUUGGGGCUCCGAGUUUGACAACAUCCCGAACGGCCGAGCGAGCAACUUCGAGGACCUGGACAUCAACGUGGCCCUGAGUUUGCUGGGGUGCGAGACGGAUGCAUCUGUGCAGCUUCGACAGCCAGCCAGCAGGGGACACUGCCGCGGAAACGUGGCCGAACAGGCUUGCAGGUACCAAGAAAUGAGCGGCGUGUCGAGCGAGGUGCCAGAAAGCACCCUGGAAGACUCCCAGCAGACCCACGUGGAGGAUGUGGCUCCGUACCUGGCACAGCCAGACCCCUGGCAGGAGCUUCAGGCCACGCCUCUCAUCCAGGAGCACAGCUUUGGCUUCUGUGAUGGGUUUUUCCUUGCUGAUGUGCAGCCCUGGGAGAGGCCAGAGCCUUCCUCGUGACUCUUGGCAAGAGUCUUGCUGGAUGUUUCCCCUCGCACACUGACGCAUCGGUGCCACGCCCUCAAGUAGGCUUGGGACAGCGCACCCCACGCGCUUCUCUUUUGCUUUGCUGGCAUUACAAAUUCCUUAAAUAAAUGCAGCUAUUUUUGUUUGACUUUUUGUUGGUUAUAGGGUAUGGUGUUACAUAUUUAUUUAACUUGAGGUUCCAGGUCACUCGGACCUUUGAAAGUUGCUGUUUUUAUUACUGUCGUGUUGACGGCUCAUAAAUUGUUUGAAUGUGAGUCACCUGACCACAAGUUUUUACUUAAUGUACACUUGUUGGGUACAGCAAAAUUCAGACUUUUAAGGGAAAAGUGACAGCGGUCAAGUAGUUUGAAAUGCACCCAAAGUCUUACAUGGAAUGUGUUGUAUUUUUAGCAGCUUUAACACAAGCCCUCAAAUUAGUGUCUGAUUUUAGAGUGCUGUAAUUCAAUCACCGAUGACUUCUGUUGUCUUAUAAAUUAGAAACACACAAUGCCUACAACGGCAUGUCCGAGCAGGGUAGUGGCGAGCCAGAGCCUAACCCGGCAACACAGGACGUAAGGCCGGAGGGGGAGGGGA